GCACUGUUAAAUUAGUAUCAGUUGAUAAGCUUACGUUGGGUGAUAUGGCUGAAGCAGAGAAACCGAGGAAAGUUGCCCUGAUUACCGGUAUUACUGGACAGGAUGGUUCUUAUUUGGCAGAAUUUUUGUUGGCCAAGGGAUACGCAGUUCAUGGAAUUAUCCGUAGGGCUUCGACUUUCAAUACAUCUCGCAUAAAUCAUUUGUACGAAGACAAAUUCGGUCAUCAAGGUGGCAGAAUGAAGCUGCACUAUGGUGAUAUGACUGACUCCAGCUGCUUGGUGAAGCUGAUUUCAACCAUAAAGCCAAGUGAAAUUUACAAUUUGGCCGCCCAAAGUCACGUAAAAGUAUCCUUCGAUUUGAGCGAAUACACUGCUGAAGUGGACGGCGUCGGCACUUUAAGACUUUUGGACGCCAUACGCACUUGCAACUUGCAGAACGAAGUCAAAUUCUAUCAGGCUUCAACGUCCGAGCUAUACGGAAAAGUUGCGGAAAUUCCGCAAACCGAGAAAACGCCGUUCUAUCCGAGAUCACCAUACGCGUGCGCCAAAUUGUACGCUUAUUGGAUCGUCGUUAAUUACCGCGAGGCUUACAACAUGUUUGCGUGCAAUGGGAUUCUGUUCAAUCACGAGAGUCCCAGACGAGGAGAAACCUUUGUCACAAGAAAGAUAACAAGAGGAGUCGCAAAGAUUCAUUUAGGACAAGCCGAAGUCUUAGAAUUGGGUAAUCUUGAUUCUCGUCGAGACUGGGGUCACGCCAAAGACUACGUCGAAGCGAUGUGGUUGAUGCUUCAACAAGACCAACCCGAAGAUUUCGUUAUUGCUUCCGGCGAGAUGCAUAGCGUGCGAGAGUUCGUAGAAAUGUCAUUUAAACAUGUAGGGAUUGAGAUUGUUUGGGAGGGCAAAGACACUUUCGAAGUGGGAAAGGAAAAGGACACCGGCAUCGUUAGAGUGAAAGUCAACGAACGCUAUUUCCGACCUACUGAAGUUGAAUUGCUCUUGGGAGAUGCUUCGAAGGCGAAGAAACAGUUCAAUUGGCAGCCGAAGGUCACGUUUCCGGAGCUGGUGAAGGACAUGAUGGAUGCUGAUAUCGACCUGAUGAAAAGGAAUCCGCAGGCUUGAUAACAUUAUAAUCUGUACUGCAGAUUUGUGAUAUAUGUUAUUCCAGACUAUUUGUAUUACCUGCAUUUAUAUUCUAUGCUUUAGAUUAGAAUUAUUGAUACAUUU